AUGUGCCGGCCUGUGUCCUGGUGUGCCGGCCUGUCUCCUGGUGUACUGGCCUGUCUCCUGGUGUGCUGGCCUGUCUCCUGGUGUGCUGGCCUGUCUCCUGGUGUGCUGGCCUGUCUCCUGGUGUGCUGGCCUGUCUCCUGGCCUGUCUCCUGGUGUGCUGGCCUGUCUCCUGGUGUGCUGGCCUGUCUCCUGAUGUGCCGGCCUGUCUCCUGGUGUCCUGGCCUGUCUCCUGAUGUGCCGGCCUGUCUCCUGGUGUGCCGGCCUGUCUCCUGGUGUACUGGCCUGUCUCCUGGUGUGCUGGCCUGUCUCCUGGUGUACUGGCCUGUCUCCUGGUGUCCUGGCCUGUCUCCUGAUGUGCCGGCCUGUCUCCCGGUGUGCCGGCCUGUCUCCUGGUGUGCCGGCCUGUCUCCUGGUGUGCCGGCCUGUCUCCUGGUGUGCUGGCCUGUCUCCUGGCCUCUCUCCUGGUGUGCCGGCCUGUCUCCUGGUGUGCCGGCCUGUCUCCUGGUGUGCUGGCCUGUCUCCUGA